ACUAUUCAUACUACCCUUACUAUUUCUUACUAUUUCGUGCAGUCGCUUCUCGAGUAGAAAUCUACAAAAUACUAAGAAAUGCUGGGAGAUGCUGGCUCAGAUACUGCGAGAUACUGGAAGAUAUUCGUAUCAUUACCAAUCUUUUCAAUCCACCUCCCUCCCACUCCAAUGCAUGCUUCUAUGCUUCAAUGCUUCAAUGCUCCAUACAGCCGCCUCAACAGGGAUGAAAACGAUCAUUCCAUUCAACCUUACCAUUGUGGGUUUGGUUUGAAUCUUUUAGUUCUAUUCUUGAAUCGAUCUCCCCGUCCUUUCAAUUUUCCUUCUUGUCAUUUAUCUUGUUUCAUGGUCGCUCCUUGUCAGUAGCUUACUUCUGUCGCAGAAUAUAUGAUACGUGUGAUGCGCCCUGGAUCGAUAAAGUUCCCUGGGUAAAGGGACCCAUUGACCCAUUUCAUUGAAUAGUACGGAGUUGCUUAAAAGAGUGAGAGAGAGAGGGCAGAGAGAUAAUAUAUAUACUCACAUAUAUACUCGACUGCCGUACAUUCAACCCUGAGGAGCCAUGAUGAAAUUUUAACAUCUAAUUCGACUGGGGAAACCACUGAGACUCUUCAAACUUCUCGUCGUUCGGAACUUGCGAAUAUGCCUAGGAGUCGUUCCACAUCUAUCAAACAAUCCACUGUCACAAUAGAUUUAUCCUUCAUCCUCGACCCACUUAUGAAUACAGGCAGACUGAAGGACCCGUUCUAAUAUCCGGCUCUCAGUAAAAUGAGUAAACUUACAAAGGCCGGGACCUGGAAGACGGAAACUUCAGGUCGAACAAAUACCGCUUCGACCAUUCGUGGAAAGAUUUCUGCUCCUAUCCCCAUCCAGGACGACGACGAAUUUCCCAUUCGCUCUCCAGGAACUGGUAUAGCAACGCCUCUUGGAUCUCUCAAUUCUGAUGGAAUCGAAAAAGUUAUGAGGGGCUCCGCCAUUUCUGGCCGCGAUAGUGCUCUGGCACAUGGAGAGAUGGGGACUGGCAGUUAUAUCGAACCGCCCAGGCGAAUAGGAACCACCCCUUUACCAUCCGAUCGGCCAUCAUAUAAUGCCCCCUCACGUAGGACAGAGGAUUACAGCGUUCCAAGGAGCUCAUCGCCUGUUGGCAGACCAUCAGGGUCAAUACUCUCGAAGCCGGCGCGAAAGAAGUCGACUUUCAAAGGAGUGUUUGGCAAAAUAUUUGGCAAGAAAAAGAAGGAUGCUGCAAAUAAGAAGCAGAGCGUUGGUGCUCUGCAGAGUGAACAGCAUCACCGCAGCGACCCAUCUGCGCUCAGCCGAAGUCCACUGAACACCGCGACCUCCCCCAAACGAUCUACUUCCAUGCCGAUCAAUGAGUUUAAUCGAGCCCUCCGAUCGCAUUCUCCUUUCGUAGAUAUCAGCCUGAAGGAACAGCUUAACACAGAGCGGGACCCAAACCGUAUAUCCACACAAACACAAAGUACAACGACAAGAACAAGGCUUACAACGGGAAGACUAUACACUCCAGAUAAAACGCCAGGAUAUGUGAAUUGGACGGGUCUUUCACCACGACCUGCGAGUGCUCAAGCUAAAAGCAGUAAAGCUCCCUCUGACGAGGCGCUUCCUGGUUCAAUUGGAAUGGCAGUUACAAUUAGCAGUCACCCAAACAGGCGCUCAAGGUCUCUUGGUCAAUUGCGUGAAGCCGCAAGAAUUGCAGGAGGAAUCGAUAGACGUCGGAGCGAUGAAAUUCGUUAUUGGAGAGCUAGCUACGAUCCAGGGCCAUUAUCUCCAUUAUCAUCAGACAAAGCGGAAGUGGAGGAGCCUAGGUCAAUAAAUGAUCCGGAAAGUCCACGAUUAAUAGAUUCUCAGGAUCAGCCACAGCCUUUCAAUUUUGGUCAUCUGAGUGGAUUGAGUGGCAUGAAGAUCACCCAGGCUGCCGACCUGGCAACAAGAGUUGAUCGUAUCGAGUCUAGAUUGGUCGAAAUGGGGAAGACGGUAUUUCAGAUUCAUCGGCGACUAAACGAAAAUGGAGACAAUGUCGCAAUUCAAGAUCCCCCCAAAGGAGGCAAGAGAGAUCGUAGCUCUUCUGCUCGUCGUCCUCCAACUGAUAAUUCAGAAACGACUUUACCAGGCUUACCCCGGCAUCGACAUUGGCACGAAUUUGGAGCUCAGAGCCGACUCUCGAAUAAUAAUCCUCACCGCCCAACAUCAUCGUCUCAUAAUUCUUACCACCCUGAUUUUGAUGAUACAAUGCAAGCUCCAUAUGCCGCAACGACAGAUGAACGUGUGCACUUGAGCAGCUCCCACACCACUGGUCGACCUCUUUCAACCUCGACUACUAUUCGAGGUCUUCCAUCUAGCUCUCCUACCAUUCAAAAAGAUGCCCAUUUAACAAUGGAGCACUACAACAAUUUAACAAAUAUGUUCUUGGCGGAACAAUCAGCUCGCGAACAACUUGAAAGUAUUGUCCUCACCUUACAACGACAAAUGGCCUCUUAUCCUUCGAUAGCAUCCACGUCAUACCCCACCCCUGACUCUGCUACUGGAGGUGGCCCUAUUCUCGAUACCACAUCAUCGUCCAAAGGCACAUCUGAAGGCUUUGGCGUGGAAAGUGAUGAUGACGCAUACGCAGCAGGUUCCGAAGUUUUUCAAACCCCUAGAGAAGAAUUAAGAGGUCAGAACUUUGGAGAUGAAGUUUUUGGGACUGGAAAGGGUUACGGAAGCGGCAGCUCAAGACUGACUGUCGACACUGGGAAUGAUGAUGCAAGGACGUUGAGUUUAAGCCAGAUCACGAUGGGGAAGGGUGUUCAACCUAGUUUGAACUUUUAAAGUCCAACCAUCCAAGAAAAGGAGAGCUGCAGAAAUAACUGGAUGAUUUUUUAUAUAUCUCGGUUGCCUCAUCGCGUAUGGAUUCCCACCAUUUAUUUGCCUUAUUUGAUUUUGACUUUCAGGAUGAUACCAUGAACAUCUAUUUUAUUCUAUUUUUUUCCUUCAUAUCCCAUUCUCCUGCAUUUGCAUUUCUGUAUUAUAUUAUAAGUACCCUGAUUUCGAGCAUGUCUUGCCUUUGCCUUUUAUCUGCAUAUCAUGAACCUCGUGGUCAUUCCAACAUGGAAAGUUUGAUAUUUUUUUUGUCAGAUCUCGUUUGUUAGUUUUCUUCCAAAUGUAUUUAUAGAGGGGUUUGGAUGGAGUUUGGGAUGGAUGACUGAAUGGAAUUGGAGUUUUCCACGAUUGUGGAUAGAGGAAGGAGGGGAAUGGGUGUCCCGAUUAAUUCGAGAUCGGCUUCCCCUUUUUGUGUUUUCGUAUUAUUGUAUUAUUUAGUGGUAGAAUUAGGAGAUGUGAAUAGGGGGGAAAAAGCGAUUAAAGUGUGGGUGGAAAUGAUGUUUGAGCAUUUAGCUUUGCACAGCGAGCAACUAGUUUGGCGGGGAUUUUCAAUAAAAAGAAUCAGGACUUAUAUAUACCCAAAUACAUGUAUGAAUUGUCUCAUCUCAAAGUUAUUAUUUCACUAUUCAAUUUGUCAUGUUGGAUUGGUGAUAUUGAGCAUGUGGUAGAUUGAAUCAGGAGUCGCAAAUCUAUUCUUUUGAUUACCUAGGUAUUGGAAACUGGGUAAUGUUAC